GAUUAUACGGAGUUUAAGUUUCCGUCUUCGGGCUAUAAACUAGCCUAUAAAAUGGUUCAACUGGUAUGUUGUAACUGGCUAGUUCAUAGUCUGAAGACGGACAGUUAAAUUGCCCGAAACGUUGCGAAAAUAAUAAUAUGUUGAAAAUAAAGACCUUCUGUAUAAUCCUAUAUAAUUAAAAUUAAUUUAGUUAUACAAUGAACGGAGGUGAGAGUUUUAGAAAGAAAAUUAGUCUGUUGCAAGUUUGUAACAACUUGUCAGGGAAUAACUUUCUUAACCCUGUUGUCAACCAUGAUAUUUAUUUAUUAAACGUGAAGUGUCGAAAUCACACGUUCUGCUCGUAUUGCAUGUAUUACACGUAUUAAACAGACGUAUUUACGUAUGUGUAACCUUUAACUAUGGUGCAACGUAGGGUCAAUUAAACAGACGGUAUGUAAUACGUACUUGCAGUCUAUACAUUAUGUUGACGCUAAAAAUGCCUAAGAAUUAUAUUUUUGCUAAAGGGAAGUAAUGAAAAGGAAAGUAAUGAAAAGUGAAACUGAAAAUGUUAUUUUUAAAUGCGCGGUGUAAAAUUAAAAUACAAUGGCACCCGAUGACUUGCACAUUGAAAUCUCGUGAAGCACAAAUUUGCAUAAUGCCCAAAUAUUUUUCAUAAACUAUGCAACAAAUGCUGCAUUGAAAUUAAAAUCUUCACCACAGAAUAGGUUAUGACAUAAACGCUUUCCAGCCCAGUAGGGUGCCAUUUUGAGCAUAAACAAUAUAUCAUAUUUCAUUCACCACAACAAAAUUCAUAUGCAAUCGGUCGUCUGUAGACUAGUUAGUUAUGCGAGCUGCGAAGAUCGGGAACCGCAAAUCACAAGGCUAGUCACAAGGCAGGAUAUUUUAACAAUCAUUACAAAAUCAAUGCCUCAAUCUAGACAAAACAUCGAUUUCAACUUUAAGAUAGCCUUCGCCGGUAAUGCUGGCGUCGGCAAAACGGCGUUGAUGGUGCGUUUCACCAAAGGCACUUUUCAAGAAAGGCUUUGUACGGUCGGGAUUUGCAAUGAGACGAAAAUAUUAUCGAUUGAUGAUAGUUCGCGUGUACAGGUACGUAAUCGUGAGAUUUUGGAGCUGUGAGUUGAUCCUGUGAUGUUGUAAUGUACAUAUUGUUUCCGCAUUGGCACGAAAUCACAACAGACAUGAAGAAAUCACGACAGACUUGUACUAGCCAGACAGGGAUUUGGGGUCUUUCAGUAUGAUGAACUGGUCUCUUCGACACUGUUUAUAAAAUUUUAAUUGACUUUGGGUAUUUUUCAUUACCCCUGUCCUUGAGAUUUGCCACCAUACUGAAAUAAUUUCUUUGUGUUUGACAAUAGGUUUGCUUCAAACGUUUAAGACAUAAAAAGCUCUUGACCUUUAAAAUAAGAAUUUUUUUUGAAAGAAUCUACUAGCAACUCGUCCAUAACGACCUUGCAUUCUUUAUACGUUAUAUAUUUUAAUAUUCAUUUGAAAUUCAAAUUGUGAUUUGUUAAUUGUUAUGCAAAAACACACUGAAAGUUAGGCAUUCCAAAUGUUUUAUUUUGCCGGCUUCUAUUUCUACGAUUUGCGCCAUAUGGCACAUCUAAUAAAAAACACUUUCUUGAGGGGGUCAUUCUGUUAGUUCCUUGGAAACAAAGAAAUUUCUCGUGACAUAUUUUUUCCAUCUAAUCCCCUUCUCGGAAGGAAAAUUCUGGAUAUUACAUAAAUUGCGUAGGUUUAAUAGAGCAAAGGUCAUGUCAUAAUCGAGAAACAUCAGCCAGAAAGUUUCUUAGUAAAUUUCUUCCAUGUAAUUCUCGAAUGCUAAAACCGAAUUUCCGAUGAAAGCGUUUUUGGGGGAAAAGUUAUUCCAAGACUGCCUGUUGAAGUAGAAGUUUAAUAUGACGCUGAAAAGGCUAAUUACGCGGUUGUAUGUGGUGCACGAAUUGUCCUAGCCUGCAGGCAUUUAUUUGCUGCCCGUGGGCAGAUACAAACACCUGUUACGCAGGCUAGAAUUGCCCCAGACAAACACCGGCUAUUCUAGAACGAUGUUAACAGAUCUGUGCGUCCGCUGAAGUAAUAUCCACCAAGUUUUCAUGUAACGUAAAAGCUAUGAAAGCUAUCGCUAUAAAUUAAAGAUCAUUGCAUUCAGAAAUGACUAACUUAGAUUUUGAUAUAUAACACUUGAAUUUACAUGCAAUAUUGACUGCGCUAUUGAUGUUUGAACGUUGAACUACCGCUUUUGAAAAUGCCAAAAAUUAGCAAAAACAACUUAUAAUUACCGAUGUAGUUAUAUAAAUAAUAGCUAAAUAUUUCUAUUUUGGUUGUAUCUCGCUCAAUAUUGCAUGUAAAUUCAAGUGUUAUAUAUCAAAAUCUAAGUUAGUCCCUUUUGGAUGCAAUGAUCUUUAUUUCAUCGCGAUAGCUUUUAUAGCUUUUACAUCAGAAAUGUUGAAAUGUAUAAAAACCAAAAAGCUGCUAUUUGCUGAACAUUUAAUGUUAUUACUUUCGAUUCAUCUCUUCUUAAUCGUUCCAUCUCAUUACCUCACUUCUUCUUCAAAAGUCAGUCCUUAUUCCAAAAUAUCUGGAUUGUUUGAGUAUCUAACUCGUUUGACCUGAUGUUGGUGAUGACAGUCAGAUUAGAAUCAAGCAUCAUUUCAAUGGGUGGUUCCAGCUAUAGACUAAAAGUUUUGAUCAAGGCAAGAAGAACGAAAUCCAACACCACAGCUAGAAAGAGCGUCUUAGAAUGAGUAAAAUUGCAAAGAUUGGUUGCUGAAUGUUGUAAAAUGAAGAAAAUAUAUCGCUGUGAAGUUCGCAAAGUUUGUAUAUAUUUGUAUUACGCGCGGUAAAAAUAACCACUUUCGGAUAAAAAAUAAUGGUUAUUUUUCCCGCGCGUAAUGCAAAUAUACACAAAAUUUGCGAACUUCGCAGGGCUAUAUUUUCCUCAUUUUACAACAAUUCGCAACCAAACUUUGCAAUUUUACUCAUUUUAAGACGCUCUUUCCAGCUAUGGUAAUGGGAUUCCGUUCUUCUUGUCGAGAUCAAAAUUUCGCCAAUAGCCAUUUCUCAUUUCAAUUUUUCAGCUUGAGAUCUGGGACACAGCAGGUCAGGAACGCUUCAGGACAAUCACCCAAAGUUAUUACAGACGCGCCACCGGUUUAAUCCUACUCUACGACAUUACUAAAUACGAAUCCCUAACAGGACUAACACACUGGAUAGACGACGUAAAGAGUUAUGCUUUAGCAGAUGUACUCAUGAUACUCGUGGGAGCAAAACAGGACUUAGCCGCAGAGAAACGUGAGGUGACAGAGGAACAAGCGAGGAAAUUUGCUUCCAAUUAUCCUGAGAUUGUUGAUGUUGUGGAAACCUCUGCUAAGGUACGUCAUAUUAUAGUGGCAAUGACAGAAAGUUGACAGAUGUUGCCAAAGGGAAAGACGAUUUUAUUUCUUAAUAAGUUGUGUUAAGUAUUUAAGUUGUGUUAGGUACGGAUGCUGCGCCUUGUUAAUCCCAAUCUAUUCUAGAAAUAAAUUGUUUCCGUUAACAAAUCACGUAUUUAUACUAUUCUCGGAUGUUUUCGAGGAUGUUUUCGUGGUACAGGGACGUCUGCGUGGGCACAUUAUUAGAAGAGGUUCAGAUUUCGACUUCCGCUAUCCUCUCUAUUGAGUUCAAGAACUGCUGACGAUGAUAUUUGAUGGUAAAGACGUCGCAUACUAUUUUUGCCAACAUUAGUACAUCCUUGAGUAUAUGUUUGCAAAGCAAUCAAUGUAAAUAUUUUCGCUUUCGAUCCGGAAACCCGAAUUCUCAUGAGUUGCAGAUUUUGAUAAAUAAACAGUUAAGAGGUGGCGCCCUGUUUUUUCCACGAAAAACAAACCAAUUAUAUUAUUUUUGUUUAGAAUUCUGUGAACAUCGAAACAGUUUUUAUCACGUUAUCACGAGCGUUAAAGAACAAGUACGAAAAGAAAGCACAACCACAAUCGCCAACAUUUCCUAACACUAUAGACAAUCAACCAAAACCUUCACUGUUUGCGAGUCUGUGCAGUGUUAAUAGAUGUUGUAACUGA